AAAAAAAGAAAAUUGAUUAUACCAACCAAUGAUUAUUGGUAUAUUAUAAAGCAAGAAACCAACUGUCUUGAAAGCCUAAGCACCCUUGUAAGAAAAGAUUCGGAUCUUCCUUCAUCUCUUCGGAACAUUCCAAACUAAAUGCGGAUCUCAAACCCAUGCAUAUGUAAAAUUUAUACAUAUACACACAACACAUAUAUUUUUAUACGCAAAUCUUAACUCAUCAUAUAUAUAUAUUCAAAUGCCAUAAUUCCAUAAUUUUCUAUUCUAUUUUCCAGGCACCCAAACACCUUAUUUAGCCUCUCCCUCUCCUCCCUCCACGUUCUUGCCAACUCAGACUACUUCAAGCUAAAGAAUUUCAGCCAUUAGCGCCAUAUAUCUCUCUGUCCCACACAACCCUAUAUUAAAAUUUCAAUCUUUCUCUCUUGUCUCUCUGACGCCGGAAAAUCCCAUUUCCGGCGGCCGGGAGGAGGGCCGGCCGGUGAUUCACCCAUCUGGGAUUUCUCAAAAAACUUCAAAAGCUUGUUUCAGCUGCUACUUUGAGUUUUUUCUUUGUUUCUGGGCUUCUGGGUUCAGGUAGGUCGGAGACUUUACGGACGACCGUCCAUGGCGAUGUCUGUGGCGCCGUCGCCGAGAGAAUCGAUAGCUGAGAAGGUGUUUAAGAGUGUUGGAAGAGGUGGGUAUUCCUAUUAUCUUGGAGGAAGGAGUAGUAAUAGUAGAAGCAAUAAUAGCGGUAACAACAAGAGGAUAUGUGGGAAUGAUGAGAUGGAAUUUGAUUAUGACGAAGAUGAUGAUGGUGCUACGAUGGAGCUGGCCCAGAUUGGAGCCGAGAGAACUAAGAACGUGUUGAUUCUCAUGAGCGACACCGGCGGUGGUCACCGGGCUUCCGCCGAGGCUAUUCGAGAUGCCUUUAAAAUGGAGUUUGGAGAUGAAUACAGGAUAUUUGUAAAAGACGUAUGGAAAGAGUACACCGGUUGGCCCCUAAACGACAUGGAAAGAUCGUACAAGUUCAUGGUGAAACAUGUACAACUAUGGAAAGUUGCGUUUCAUAGCACCUCUCCUCGUUGGAUACACUCUUGUUAUCUUGCUGCCAUUGCCGCCUACUAUGCCAAGGAGGUGGAGACUGGUCUAAUGGAGUACAAACCAGAUAUUAUCAUUAGUGUGCAUCCAUUGAUGCAGCAUAUUCCUUUGUGGGUACUCAAAUGGCAGGGGCUUCAGAAGAAAGUGGUUUUUGUAACAGUUAUCACAGACCUUAACUCUUGCCAUCCUACAUGGUUUCACCCUGGGGUGAACAGGUGCUACUGCCCAUCACAAGAAGUUGCUAAAAGGGCUUUAUUAGACGGCCUAGAUGAAUCUCAAACUCGAGUUUUUGGAUUGCCAAUCCGGCCAUCUUUUGCUAGAGCAGUUCUUUCCAAGGAUCAAUUGAGAGAAGAACUCGAAAUGGAUCCUGACUUGCCUGCUGUUUUGCUAAUGGGAGGUGGUGAAGGAAUGGGACCUGUAAAGAAGACUGCAAUGGCUCUUGGUGAAUCACUUUAUGACAAAGAAGCUGGCAAACCAAUUGGACAGUUAAUUAUCAUAUGUGGCCGAAAUAAAACACUUCUAUCCACACUUGAAUCUGAAGAAUGGAAAAUUUCAGUCAAGAUUAGAGGUUUCGAAAACCAAAUGGAGAAAUGGAUGGGAGCUUGUGAUUGCAUAAUAACAAAGGCUGGACCUGGUACAAUUGCUGAGGCCUUGAUUAGGGGGCUUCCCAUUAUCCUAAAUGACUACAUUCCAGGACAAGAAAAGGGAAAUGUGCCUUAUGUUGUUGAUAAUGGAGCUGGUGUCUUCACAAGAAGUCCUAAGGAGACAGCCAGACUAGUAGCUGAAUGGUUUAGUACCAAAGCUGAUGAACUCAAGAGAAUGUCUGAGAAUGCACUUAAACUAGCUCAACCAGAGGCUGUUUUCGACAUUGUUAGAGACAUUCAUGAACUCGCCGAGCAACGCGGGCCUCUAGCACGCAUUCCCUACAUGCUGACUUCGUCAUUCACAAGCUUAAUUUAAGUUGAUUCAUUGUGUCUUUCCUCCAUUGUUUACAGGGAAAUUCACUAAUAGAAUAUUGCAUGUACAGGUUGUUAUUAGUUCCAAGGUUAUUAUCAUUCUUUGGUCUUUAGAAGCUUGUUUUGUUUUCUUUAAAAAAGAAUGCUAGAACAAGCUCUGAUGUUUGUAAGGUUUGUGAUUGUUUACUUUCUUUCCAAUUAAGUUAUUUAUUUGAAAAAAAAAAGGUAGGAUAAUUGGGUCAUGAUAAUGUUGUAUGUAAUAUAUGUAAUGCUAUUUGCUUUUCUUGUUUGAUCAAUUGUUAUGUAAUAUUUAGUCACUACUUAUCAAAUGUGUAAUCUUUAUAAGAAAGUUAAUAUAUUGGCUUGACUUUGAGUGGUGCCAAUUAUAA